CCCAAAUGCGCCCCCUCUAACAAACCACACUGUCAUACUUGAAGGAAUUUCAAAGGCACUGACCACAUUCAACGUCUCAGAUCCCAACGUGACCAUCUUAGUGAGAGUGGAGCCCAGUCAAAAUGUGUCUUUGGUUCUCACGCUGUCUCAAGGUUCACCUCCUAAUUCCAGCUAUUUUGCCGAAACAACCAUCCUGAGCUCAAGAGGAGGCUAUCAGUGGAUCAUAACCCCAGAGAUGUUACAGCAGAUUCCUGGGACGUGGUACAUUAGCAGCGAGCUUUUCAACUCCACGUGGGAGCCUGGCCUGACACUGAGCAUCACAUCUUUUAUGACUAAAUGCAUGUACUGGAGCACAGACCGUCAGAUGUGGAGUACAGAUGGAUGUCAGGUUGGGGAGCGAAGCACUCCCGCACACACACAUUGUCUCUGCAACCACCUCACGCUCUUCGGAAGUUCCUUCUUUGUGAUGCCAAACCACGUGGACAUAACCCGCACGGCAGAGUUGUUUGGGACUGUGUCUCAAAACUUUGUGGUGUUGUCACUGCUUUGUGCUUUCUUCAGCCUCUACCUGCUCACUCUGGCGUGGGCUUGCUAUGCUGACCGCAGGUCUCUUUCCAGAAGAAAAAUUACUCUACUGGAGGAUAACCAUCCAUGUGCACAGUACAACUAUCUGAUCAGUGUCCAAACUGGCCAUCGAAAGAAUGCUGGGACGACUGCUAAUGUCACAGUGACAUUGAUUGGCUCAGAGGGACAAAGUGACACACACCAUCUCAAAGAUCCUGACAAGCCUGUAUUUGAGAGGGGGGCUUUGGAUAUGUUUGUGCUGGCCACACCCUUCCCACUGGGUGACAUGCAAAACCUCAGGCUGCAGCAUGACAACUCUGGAGGCCAUCCAUCAUGGUAUGUAAACAAGGUGACCAUACAGGAUCUUCAAACUCGACAUGUUUGGUACUUCCUAUGCGAUUGUUGGGUAAGCAGUGACCGUGGAGAGGGCAUGACUAAGAAAACAUUCAACGCUGCAAAGAACUACGAGAUUGCCAGCUUCAGGGAUAUUUUCCAGAACCGAACAUCAACCGGUUUUCGAGAUGAACAUAUUUGGGUGUCCAUAGUGGAUCCUCCCUCCCAGAGUCCGUUCACUCGGGUCCAGAGGGUUUCUUGCUGCAUGAGCCUGCUCCUCUGCACAAUGGCCAUAAAUAUUGCAUUUUGGAACAUUCCCGAGAAUGAGGACUCGCCGGUCGUCUUCUCCAUCGGUUCACUGCAGAUCACCUGGCAGGACAUCAUGGUGGGUGUCGAGAGUGGUCUUCUCAUGUUUCCAAUAAACAUUCUCAUCAUUACCAUUUUCCGAAGCAUCAGACCUCGAAUCAUUUCCAAGCCUCAUAAAAGCAGCCCGGAGGAAGCCUUGAAGCCCCUGUUGGUUACCAUACCAACCAUUCUUAAGGAAACAGAGGAGGUCAUUUCUCUAGUGAGGAGGAGUCAACGCAACAAAAUGGAAAAAAUGCACAGUUUGGAGUCUCUCGCUGAUCUCUGCCCAGCCUUGAACAGAGUGCAUGAAUUAAUUCAUGUUGUGCAAGGGGAAGCUGAGAGUGACUUUCACUGGGUGUACUGCAGCAAGUUUCUAUUGGCUGCUCUUUCUCGCCUCCUCGUAUGCCUGGAGCGCUUGGAUGGAAAGAACUUCCCGAGUUCACAGGAAUACAUACAAACUCUGGACAUGACCAACUUGCUGGUUCGCCAGGCUGACAUGGUCUUCAGCAGUCACUUGGCAUACUGCCCGCUUCCUGUAAAGAAGAAGACGACACCAGUGGGUUGUUGGCUCCCCUGGUGGUGUGUGUUCCUUGGGUGGUUCCUGUUACUUGCCCUCAGCGGCGUCUCUACUUUCUUCACCUUACUCUAUGGAUUUUACUACGGCAGAGCAAAGUCCAUCAAGUGGAUCAUGUCUCUGGGCCUCUCCCUAUUUCAGAGCAUCUUCAUAUUGCAGCCUCUCAAGGUGAUCGGAGUUGCUGUCUUUUUCGCCCUGCUGCUCAAACCUGUGGCAGUGGAGGAAAGUGAAGAAAUCGAACAAGUGUUGUUAGAACAACAAGACAAGUGCAGGCGUUAUUGCGGCAGGGAUUCGCUCUGAGAGGACUGGAAAAACACUCACAAGCUUCUUUUUGACACGGUUAGGGUUUUUUUUAAAGAGAAUACUAAAAUUACAAAAACAUAGAAAUUAUAGAAUAAAUAGGUAUUAAUAUGAAAUGAUGCAUGCAGGAUACCAAAAUAUGAAACGAUUCUGAUUACACAAAAUACAUUGUUAUUUCAUAUAAAUAAUCACAUGAACAUUUUUUUUAAUGUUUAGAAUAGGCUGCAUUGUUAGGUUUAUAGGAUCCACAUAGCAGAAUGACAAUGUAUGUUGUAUAUUUAUUAUAGGAACUGGUGUGCUAAUUUUGACAUACUGUAAUGUGUCAACAUUGUUCAGACAACUAAUAAUACUCAUCAUUAAUAUGUUUUCUGUUAGAAGGAUGUAUCAUUUAUUUUGACCAUGUUGUUGGUAAAUGUUUGCCUUUAUUCUAGAUAUUUUCAAAAUGGACAAACUUUCAAUAAAUGGCCAGUAAGAUUUUA